AUGCUAUUCUUACGUGUUUGUGCACUCACGGCUUCUUUAAUAUCCAGGGGCUUGGCCUCCCCCAUCUCCCCAGCCAUAAGGGACACGAAUGGGGAAGGACUCCUCGUUCAAACUUCUAGCGGCCCUAUACAAGGCUUCUUCAACCAGACAGCCCCUGAUGUUCGACAAUUCCUUGGUGUCCCCUUCGCAGAGCCUCCAGUGGGUGACCUUCGUUUUAGUAGUCCGGUAAGGAAACAGUCCAACGGGACGGUUAAUGCGUUUGCACUACCUUCGUCCUGUAUCCAGCAGACCAGCAAUACCUCCACAAUCUACACAACCUAUGAGAAGGGGUUUCGAAUUGCUGGAGGGGACUCGGAGGAUUGUCUUUACCUGUCGAUUUGGACACCUCGCAUUGAGAAAAUCCAAUCGCAACAACGCCCACUUCCAGUGUUGCUCUACAUCCCUGGAGGGGGUUUCACGAGUGGAGGUGAAGCUUCGUUGUACAAGAUCCCCGACAAAUGGGUACAGAGGACACAGUCCCAUAUUGUAGUAGUGAUGAACUAUCGGGUGAAUGUUUUUGGCUUCCCAAACGCUGCAGGACUAGUUGAUCAGAAUGUUGGUUUUCUGGACCAAAGAAUGGCUAUCGAAUGGGUAGAGGCCAACAUUGCGAAUUUCGGCGGUGAUCCCGCGCGAAUCGCCCUUUGGGGCCAGUCCGCUGGAGCAGGCAGUGUCACAGCUUACUCCUACGGAUAUCCCGACAACCCUAUUGUCGCUGCUCUUAUAGCUGACUCGGGUGCUCCGGGUAUCAUUGACAACAAAGACUACGCCCAUACGAACUUCACUUUCUUGGCCGAUCUUGUCGGCUGCGGUGGACUCUCUACAGAAGAGAUCAGCUGUAUGCAGAAUGUGUCUGCACGAACACUGCAGACUGCUCUCUCAACUUACUCAGGCUCACCCUCAAUCUCAUUCAUGCCAUCUGUCGAUAAUAAGACCGUCUUUGCAAAUUGGACCGAGCGUGCAGUUGAAGGAAAGGUCGCCAAAAUUCCUCUGUUAACGGGGAGCAAUACAAAUGAAGGCGCCGGGUUCGUAUCAUUAACCCCCAGCGGACCCAGCGAAGCCACUCUCUUCAACCUAACCGAGUCCAUAAUCGCCUGUCCCGUCGCGGAGGAAGUCAAAAACCGCAAUCUUGGAGGUCUCACCACAUACCGGUACCAGUACGCAGGAAACUUCUCCAACAUCUCACCAUUACCUUGGUUCGGAGCCUACCAUAGCUCAGAACUACCCCUUUUAUUCGGCACACACUACGAGUACGGUGGUCCGUCCACCCAAUAUGAGUGGGACGUCAGCUAUGCCAUGGAAGCACUGUGGCUCUCGUUUGCGGAGGACCCUUCGCGCGGUCCAGUCCGGCUUUCCAUCGGAGAUGCUGCAGCCAAUCCCAAUAACAGUAGUUACUUCUCCUGGCCUGCAUUUGAGCAAGGAUCAUCGAAUAUGUUGCUUUUUGCUGAGGAAAAUAAGCUCAUGCAGCUUGUUGAGUCGGGGAGGAUUGAUGACUUUUGUUCUGGUCUUUAA